CUGCAAUCCUUAGAAAGUUUAACGAGUGGACAGCUUUCAUCUUUCAUAGUUAGCACUGGCACGCUGAUCCAAUCGCAACACACCCGCAUCACACCAGAAAAUGUCGCAGCACGAAGGAAAGACCAUCACCUGCAAGGCAGCUGUGGCCUGGGAGGCAGGCAAGCCUCUCGUAAUCGAAACGGUCGAGGUUGCGCCCCCGCAGAAAGGGGAGGUCAGAGUGCAGAUCAAGUACACCGGGUUAUGCCACACAGAUGCAUACACACUGUCCGGCUCAGACCCAGAAGGCGCCUUUCCGGCCAUUCUCGGACACGAGGGUUCCGGCGUGGUCGAGUCUGUAGGAGAGGGAGUCGACAGUGUCAAGGCGGGCGACCAUGUCAUCUUGCUCUACACAGCCGAGUGCCGCGAGUGCAAGUUCUGCAAGAGCGGUAAGACGAACCUCUGCGGUGCGGUGCGCGCUACGCAAGGGAAAGGUGUGAUGCCGGAUGGCACCAAGCGCUUCACAUGCAAAGGCAAGGAGCUGUUUCACUUCAUGGGCACGUCCACCUUCUCGCAGUACACUGUCGUCUCGCAGUACUCUCUUGUGGCCAUCGAGCGCAAAGCGCCGCUGGACAAGUGCUGCCUGCUCGGAUGCGGCGUCACGACUGGCUUUGGAGCAGCGACCAAGACGGCGAAAAUCGAGCAAGGAUCCAACGUCGCUGUCUUCGGGAUCGGCUGUGUCGGGCUCGGUGUCAUCGAGGGUGCGUUGUUCAACAAGGCUGGGCGUGUCAUCGCGGUCGAUAUCAAUGACGGCAAGGAGACUUGGGCGAAAAAGUUUGGCGCGACUGAAUUUGUCAACAGCGCCAAGUUGCCGGAAGGAAAGAGCAUCGUUGACCACCUCAUCGAGAUCACCGAUGGCGGUCUGGACUACACAUUUGACUGCACUGGCAACGUCAACGUCAUGCGUGCGGCACUCGAAUCGUGCCACAAAGGCUGGGGUGUCUCUACGAUCAUCGGCGUUGCGGCAGCCGGGCAGGAGAUCUCUACACGGCCGUUCCAGCUGGUGACUGGGCGCAAGUGGCAGGGGUCAGCGUUCGGCGGCGUGAAGGGCCGUAGUGAGCUGCCCGGCAUGGUGGAUAAGUACCUCAAGGGAGAAUUCAAGCUGGAUGAGUAUAUCACUCACAGCACCACGCUCGACAAGCUCAACGAGGGCUUCGACUACAUGCACCAGGGAGAGUGCAUCCGCUGCGUGGCGGAUAUGUCAUGAUUGCGCCGCGCGGGAAAUCUGCGCCGUUGACAAAACCCGCUCGAGCAUCUGUCCACGAACAUCCUGCAUGGGCUUGCUUCGAAUGGGUGCGAGAGGAGAAUGCCCUCAAAUUGAUUUUUUGCCGCGAUCCAUUCCCCAAGCUGCGCACAGGGAGACUGCUGGCGUCAUUUUUUCAACGGUUCUCUUUGGAUACUGUUUGAAGCCCCGGAAGCUUGGGCUGUGUUAUCGAGCAGCCGGGGCGCGAACAGCGAGGGGUCGACACUGAGGUUCGAUUGAUUGGAUGCUCAGGUUCUUCUAAAGUGUCUACGGUUGCCAGUUGAGCUUCUCCACCCUGCUCCUUGACAAGCUCGUUGCGCACGAUUUGCAACUGUUACUUGAAUAUCCGCCACCGUUGAGCAUUUCGAG